AUGUGCGACGAAGCCACCCGUCUUGCCAAGAUUGGUCGCCAGGAGUACGAUCUGAUUCGUCUCCACGACGCGCCAAACUGUGACGACCAAACGAAAUUCGAAUGUGAUCUCGAAUUGGCUCGAUUCCAAGUCAUCCGCAGUCAACUUGCCUUGAAAAACGUCUACAACGAGGAGUUCGUGACUCCAGCCAAGCUCCGAUACCUUCGCGAUGAUCUCGAAGCUGCCGAGGAGCAUCUUAAGAAGCUUCUCGAACUUUCGCAUUGA